AAAGGCUGUUUCACAGCGAAAAUAUGCUCAGUGCAGCCGGGCGCAUGAAUGAAAGAGCCGCCGUUUGCUUCUAGUCUGGCAAAAUGCAGCAGAGAACUCAGCUCACUUUGUCCUUUUUGCUGUCCCAGGUGUUGCUGCUCACAUUUGCAGAGGAUUUGGAAUGCAUCCCUGGAUUUCAGCAAAAGAUAUUUCGCAUUGAACAGCCAGCUGAAUUCAUUGAAGACCAAUUGAUUCUAAACUUGACAUUCAAUGACUGUAAAGGAAAUGACAAGCUGAGAUUCGAUGUCUCCAACCCCUACUUCAAGGUGAAGCCAGAUGGGGCUUUAGUCGCACUGAAAAACAUAUCAGAUGUUGGCCCGGCUUUAUUCAUCCAUGGGCGGUCAUCUAACGCAGAAGACAUGGCAGAAGUUGUGAUAAUUGGGGGCCAGGACAGCCAUGGCUCCUUAAAGGAAAUCUUUACAUUUGCUAGGACUUCGGCAGUCCCGAGACAGAAACGGUCCAUUGUGGUGUCACCCAUCUUAAUUCCCGAAAAUCAGAGACAGCCUUUUCCCAGGGAUGUAGGCAAGGUUGUGGAUAAUGAUCGACCAGAAGGGUCCAAAUUCCGACUUACUGGAAAAGGUGUGGAUCAAGAGCCAAAAGGCAUUUUCAGAAUCAACGAAAAUACAGGGAGCAUCUCAGUGAUGCGGACUUUGGAUAGAGAAAUAAUGGCAACUUAUCAGCUAUUCGUGGAGACUAUUGAUGUCACUGGCAAAACCAUUGAGGGACCUGUCUCUCUGGAUAUCAUCGUGAUUGAUCAGAAUGACAACAGGCCCAUUUUUAAGGAAGGACCAUACGUUGGACAUGUCAUGGAAGGGUCUCCCACUGGAACCACCGUGAUGCGUAUGACAGCCUUUGAUGCUGAUGACCCUUCCACAGACAAUGCCCUCCUGCGAUACAACAUCUUGCAGCAGACUCCUGACAAGCCAUCUCCCAACAUGUUCUAUAUUGAUCCAGAGAAAGGAGAUAUCGUCACUGUAGUGUCACCAGCACUGUUGGACCGGGAGACUCUGGAAAACCCUAAGUAUGAACUGAUCAUUGAAGCUCAGGAUAUGGCUGGUUUGGAUGUUGGCUUAACUGGCACAGCAACGGCUACUAUCCUGAUUGAUGACAAAAAUGAUCACUCCCCAAAAUUCACCAAGAAGGAGUUUCAUGCCACUGUCAAUGAAGGAGUUGUGGGAGUGAUUGUCAAUUUAACGGUUGAAGACAAGGAUGACCCCACUACUGCAGCCUGGAGAGCUGUCUACACUAUCAUCAAUGGAAAUCCAGGGCAGAGUUUCGAAAUACAUACAAAUCCCCAAACUAAUGAAGGAAUGCUUUCUGUUGUCAAACCUUUGGAUUAUGAGAUUUCGGCAUUUCACACACUACUGAUCAAAGUAGAAAAUGAAGAUCCAUUGGUUCCUGAUGUAGCAUAUGGCCCCAGCUCUACAGCCACAGUCCAGAUAACUGUCUCAGAUGUAAAUGAAGGUCCGGUUUUCCACCCAGACCCCAUGACAGUGACCAAGCGUGAGAAUAUCACUAUUGGCAGCAUGCUGUUGACGGUAAAUGCCACAGACCCUGAUUCCUUGCAGCAUCAGACCAUUAGGUACUCUGUUUAUAAAGACCCAGCAGGAUGGCUAAACAUCAACCCAAUAAAUGGGACAAUUGACACAGCAGCUGUCUUGGACCGUGAAUCUCCAUUUGUCCACAAUAAUAUAUACACUGCACUUUUCCUUGCAAUAGAUAGUGGUGAUCCUCCUGCAACUGGCACUGGGACUUUACAGAUAAGACUGGAAGAUGUGAAUGACAAUGCUCCUCUCAUUUACCCUACACUUGCCAAAGUCUGUGAUGAUGCCAAAGAUCUCAAUGUGGUCAUUCUGGGAGCAUUAGAUAAGGAUCUCCACCCAAACACUGAUCCAUUCAAAUUUGAACUGAAUAAACAAACGGGUUCUGAUAAAUUCUGGAAAAUUUCCAAGAUCAAUGACACGCAUGCCCAAGUAAGCCUUCUUCAAAACCUGAAGAAAGCCAACUACAAUCUACCUGUCAUGGUGACGGACUCGGGCAAGCCACCUUUGUCUAACACCACGGAGCUCAGAGUGCAAGUUUGUUCCUGUAAGAAAUCUAAAAUGGACUGCAGCUCAGCUGGGAUCCCACAUAUCAGAACCACCUUAGUACUGCUUCUUUCACUCUUCAGCUUAGUAUGGCUGUAAGAACUCCUGACAUUUGAAGCUAUCCUACCAAGUUGCCAUAGCAACAGGAAAAAGAAAAAGAAGAAAAAAAAUCAGAUCUGAAGACUGCAGUUUAUGGUCACUGUACUUCUCAACUAGGCCUCGAUUGCUCCAGAUUUCAGUUUUGUCUACGACUUCACUUUGUUUCUCAAACUCUGCUCCAGUGUCUGACAGCUCCUGCCUUCGUUUGUAGUUGAUGGAGUCCUCUUGCAAGUUGCGACGGCUGUGCAGUUACCCUGAGCACUGAAGGAUCCUGACAUCUCACUUGACCUUCUGGGAAUGGAAGAAAAAGAAAAUUCAAGGAUGACUACUUGUUUUUGAUAUCUGUUGACAUAUUGCUAUUCAGCUGUUCAAAGUGCUUUGUUUGUGGGUUGGUAUUUGUAUAUGUAUGAGUAUACGUAUGUAUAUAUACACACAUUGUAUUUAUAUAGAGAGACUAUACACCAUAGGUUAGUUUUGCUAUGUUGUUCAUGCUGACAGGUUAAAUGAUGUAGUGACAGAGUAGCCCAGCUGUUGAGGGUGAAGUCUGAGCUAAAGCAGCUGCUAACACCUUGGGGUGCUCAACUUCCAGAUACACACUAAGGCACUGAGGUGCUCCACAUUUGUCACUGGGGCUCCAAGAUCCAGUUGCUACAGAGCUGGCAUAUGUACCCUGGCUUUCUUCUCCAGUUUGACCUUGGCCCUGGAGGCAAAAAGUUCUCUAGCCACUGGUAAUAAAUUACCAGGCAGGUCUGUCAAGAGGGAAUAUGCAACAGAAAGUUCUGUCAAGUUAAUAAUUCCUUCUCCUAAGCCUCAGGGGAUUCUAUAACUCUCCAGACCAAUUUCCAUUGGUAUCAUCUUCUAUAAUUCUGGGGAGGUUGGAAGGAACACAGAGCAGGGGAAAUAUCAACCCUGUAUGAAGCAAAGGGCUGAAAUAUUUUUGCAUGGACGUCAACCCAGCAUGUCCAUGCACCUUGAAUAUCUAGGUGUCACUGGAGUUUUCAGGGAAAUGGGUCAUCCAAGAGAUGCUGUUGUUUCUCCUCAGUAAAUGAUAACUCCACCAUUGGCAACAGGUGAGAUAAUGUGCAUAUCUGAGGAGGACAAGCAGCACUGUAUUUUAUAAAUCUAGAAACAUACAUAUACAUAUAUACAUAAUACGCACACAUGUUUGUUUUAACUAUACAAAUACAUAUACGUAUACAAUACAGGAAGUCUUGUAAUUUUUUUUUUCCUUCUGGUGAAUCAACCACCACUAUUUGCAAAUCUGAUGAGAAAGAGUGUUCAUCAUGUAUGAAGAGGAAAUGAUUUUCAUUCUGUGAGCAUGUAAAGGUUACAAGGCAGCUACUGCUUGCCCCAAGACCUUCUCUUGUGAAUAAAAUCUGUACAUGAACCAUCAAAGCUCACACCAAAUUUUUAUAUGAAAACAGAAGUAGUGACAGACUGUAGCUUUUCUUAGGGCUUGCCAGUAACUAGGGUAAGAAAAGUGUCUUAGAGUAUUUUACUGCAGUUGCUUACUAAGGGUUUAACCACAGAAAACAAAACAAAACAAAACAAAAAAAAUGCUUUCUUAUGCAAUAGGUGUUGGCAUCUGCAUCGCUUUAGUCAGACUUUUCUAGUGAUUAGGGGUCACAUGUUGUCUUUCUUGCCUGAAGUUAUAAAGCUAGUGCUCCAUACACUGUAUUUGUUUCAAUAGUAAAUCUUUUGGACGCGCACAUAAUACAAAGCGUUUUUUUUUCCUCCAUUGAAAUAAAUGGGUAUUGGUGGUUAACAUUGCUGAAUAAUAGCUUUUCUCUAUUUUCUGGUGUUGUAUGGAUUCUUUCUCCAAUCCUUUGCCUCUUUGCUGAUACAAUAGUAACAUUCAUGCUAGGCUUUACCUUGUCAUAAACAAUCUUUUUAUGCUCUCCUCAGUACCACCGAUGCUGCGUGAAUCACAUUGAUGUGUGGAAUAGUCUUACGGGAUAAACACUGGUUUGUUCUGAAAAGUCAUGAACUCACAGUAGUGUCCCUCAAUUAGUUUUAACUGUCUUAAUGACCAAUUUGGAUUGUCACCCUUUUAGCUGAGAAGGGAGAUGACAGAACCAGACCGAACGUUAUGAUCUUCACUGGUAGUCUGCCUUCAGUACAUGCCCCAAACACCAGGAAAUAUGACUGUCACUUUUGCUCAGUGACUGUCAUUUUUGUGUUAAUUAUAACAUAAGCCCAUUUGGAGACCAAGAGAUGUCACUUUGUUCUUCCAGCUUAGGGCCUUGCCCUUUGCUUGGCAAUGUUUUUCCUCCCGGGGUUCACAGACUCACUACGCUGAGGCAAACCUGGGUCUGCAAUGCUCCUGGACAUCCUGAAAGAACAUUUCCCACAGCACACACAUGCAUACACAUGAACCUGAAGACAUUUGAGUCAGGUUUAAUAACCUGACAUCCGUUAUUUAGCAAGGGCCUUCUGCUGGCCGCACUUAAAAAUAACAUGCUUCAAACAUUGGUUGUCUUCACCACUCCAACUGUAUCAUAUUUAUAUAGAGCUUUAGAGUUUGCAAAAUCCCUUCCUCACAAUAAUCCUGUAAGGUAGGUAA